UUCAGGGCUGAGAAGAUGGCCAAAGGGAAGGAAAGGCAGUGGCUGAGACACCAGGCAGUUGGAGAACUAGAUGACACCAAAAUCAUUGAUAGCCUGACGGGUGAAAAAGCCAUCUACAAGCGUCGGGGAGAACUCGACCCACAACUCGGGAGCCCCCUGCAGAAACCCAAACGCCUCCGCCUGGCUGUGGAUGUCUCGGGCAGCAUGUAUCGCUUCAAUGGAGUGGACGGGCGGCUGGAACGUUCCAUGGAAGCGGCCUGCAUGGUGAUGGAAGCCUUUGAUAACUAUGAGCACAAGUUUAAGUAUGACAUCAUCGGUCAUUCUGGAGAUGGUUUCAACAUUGCUUUGGUCAACAGUGACAAAGUCCCGAAGAAUAAUAAAGAAAGAUUAGAGGUUUUGAAGAUCAUGCAUGCCCAUGCUCAGUUCUGUAUGAGUGGAGACCAUACACUAGAAGGCACGGAGCACGCCAUCCGGGAGAUAGCCAAGGAAGAGGCCGAUGAGUACUUUGUCAUAGUCUUGAGUGAUGCCAACCUGGAACGGUAUGGCAUCCCGCCAGCCAGGUUCGCCGAGGCCUUGACCAUCAAUCCACAAGUGAAUGCUUUCACUAUAUUUAUUGGGUCCUUGGGGGACCAGGCUGGCAGAUUGCAGAGGACACUGCCAGCAGGCCGGGCUUUUAUUGCCAUGGAUACCAAGGAAAUACCACAGAUUCUGCAACAGAUCUUCACUUCUACUAUGCUGUCCAGCACCUAGAAAUAACUGGACAAUUUAAUGUGGAAAGCAGCAAAAAAUAAUCCAGAAGAUGAUUUAAUGAUAGGACAAUGAAUGUUAUUAUGUUUUAUAUAGAAAUAAAUAUUGUACUUGAAUGAACUUGUCCCCAGACAUCUGUGACUGGUCUGGUCUUAAAAAUAUCUACAGUCAACACUUCUGUACUUAAAAGCUUUCUAUUGAGGGUUUCUUAUGUUAUAAAAGAUCUGCCCAUUGAAGAGAGGAUAAUAAAGGAUAU